UUAAAAAAAAUAAAAUGAAAAAAGUUACAAAGUCAUGCAGGAGUAAGGGACCAAGCCAAGACUAGGACUGAGCCCUCUGAUUCUAGACCUCAAUUCACUGUCACCUGUAGCAAUGUUUGUAAUAGUGAUGUAUUGGAAAACAACCUAAAUAUCCUCCAAUAUAGAAUUAUUUUAAAACGUUUACAUUUUAUAACCUAAUUUCUAAAAUUCUAUGUCCAUAAUGGAAUCCUAAGGUCAUGUAAAGAAUAUUCAAUCACCUUGGGAAAUGCACAUAAUAUAGCACUUGGUGAACAUAUCAGGUAUCAAAACAGCAUAUAAAGUAUUUAUUUUUUUAUUUGAGACAGGGUCUUGCUCUGUCGUCCAGACUGGAGUGCAGGGGUGCUUCAUAGUCACUAGAAAGUUGAAGGAUUUUGGGCUUGGGGAUAACUCUAGGAAAUCAUGGGCCCUGCCUACUUCUACCUUCAACCAUAAUUGAUAAAAUAGAGAGCUUUUCUCAUUUACUUAAUUUCUCUUGUGUAGUUUUUGAGUAGCUUUACAGGAGGAAAUCCUUUAGGGUCUCCCUGUGGUUAAUGCACACAGUCAUCUGUACCUGCCAGGGAUAAUUUUCCUCAUUUAGUUAGUAAUAAUAACAACGACUCCAUGCUUAUUGAGCACUUGUUCUGCCAGGCAUUUGUGGCCAGUGCUUUGCAGGGACUAUCUCUUUGAACCCUCACACUCACCUGUGAGGACAAUUCCCCUUUAUAGAUUAAGAACCCGAGGCCCAGAGAUGUUAUGCAACUUUCCUAGGGACACAGAGCUACUAAUAGGCAGAGCUUAGACUUGAACCCAGGUCUUUCUAGCUCCAGACACUGAAUUUGUAGGAUUAGUGCCUUCAGGGUGACAUGGAGGGAUCUCACUGCCUUGAUCUGUUAUUUGUCAAGAGUCAAUUGGAAGGCUGUCAGGGAAGACCUCCAGGCUGCAUCAUGGGCAAAGACUGGCUUGAAACGGCACUUUCCAAGCCUCGCCUUGGACAUCAUCUAUAAAAAGAGGCCAUGGCUGGGCGCAGUGGCUCAUGCCUGUAAUCCCAGCUCUUUGGGAGGCCCAGGUGAGACCAGCAAGGAGAAACCCCAUCUCUACUAAAAAUAGGAAAUUAGCUGGGCAUGGUGGCAGGUGCCUGUAAUCCCAGCUACUCAGGAGGCUGAGGCAGGAGAAUCGCUUGAACCCGGGAAGUGAAGGUUGUGGUGAGCCUGAGAUCGCAACAUUGUACUACAACCUGGGCGACAAAAGUGAAACUCCACCUUUAAAAAAAAAAAAAAAAAAAAAAGGCCAUUAAUGGUGUUUCCUCGGUUAGUUCUGGGUAUAAGUUCUGGAUCCUCACUCAUCUCAUCUGCACUGUCACCCUCACUCACUGCAUUUAGAGACUUAACACGCCAGCCUCCUUGUGAACAUUUACCGCUUUCAACCCCCACCAUAAUCCCUCAAGGAGGCACAGUUCACAAAAUACCCGUUUUGAAGGUGAAGAAAGAGUCUCAGAGAAGUUUGGUCGUAAUAUCCCGAGGAGUUCGGAUGGAGAUGGCGAGUUCCGCUGCCUCCUGGCUCUCUGGCUGCCUCAUCCCUCUCGUCUUCCUCCGGCUGCCUGCACACGUGUCAGGCCUCGCAGGGGAUGCCGGCAAGUUCCACGUGGCCCCGCUAGGGGGCACAGCCGAGCUGCUCUGUCCUCUCUCCCUCUGGCCCGGGAUGGUGCCCCAGGAGGUGAGGUGGCUGCGGUCCCCGUACCCGCAGCGCUCCCAGGCUGUUCACGUGUUCCGGGAUGGGAAGGACCGGGAUGAAGAUGUGAUGCCGGAAUAUAUGGGGAGGACGGCGCUGGUCAGAGACGCCCAAGAGGGAAGCGUCACUCUGCAGAUCCUCGACGUGCGCCUGGAGGACGGAGGGUCUUACCGAUGUCUGAUCCAGGUUGGAAAUCUGAGUAAAGAGGACACCGUGAUUCUGCAGGUUGCAGCCCCAUCUGUGGGGAGUGUCUCCCCCUCAGCAGUGGCUCUGGCUGUGAUCCUGCCUGUCCUGGUACUUCUCAUCAUGGUGUGCCUUUGCCUUAUCUGGAAGCAAAGAAGAGCAAAAGAGAAGCUUCUCUAUGAGCAUGUGACGGAGGUGGACAAUCUUCUUUCAGACCAUGCGAAAGAAAAAGGAAAACUCCAUAAAGCUCUCAAGAAACUCCGGAGUGAACUGAAGCUGAAAAGAGCUGCAGCAAACUCAGGCUGGAGAAGAGCCCGGCUGCAUUUUGUGGCAGUGACCCUGGACCCAGACACAGCACAUCCCAAACUCAUCCUUUCUGAGGACCAAAGAUGUGUGAGGCUUGGAGACAGAAGGCAGUCUGUACCUGACAACCCCCAGAGGUUUGAUUUCGUCGUCAGCAUCCUGGGCUCUGAGUACUUCACGUCUGGCUGCCACUACUGGGAGGUGUAUGUGGGAGACAAGACCAAAUGGAUUCUGGGGGUGUGUAGUGAGUCAGUGAGCAGGAAGGGGAAGGUUACUGCCUCACCUGCCAACGGACACUGGCUUCUGCGACAGAGUCGUGAGAAUGAGUAUGAAGCUCUCACAUCCCCGCAGACCUCCUUCCGCCUUAAAGAGCCUCCACGGUGCGUGGGGAUUUUUUUGGACUAUGAUGCAGGAGUCAUCUCUUUCUACAAUGUGACCGACAAGUCUCACAUCUUUACUUUCACCCACAGUUUCUCUGGCCCCCUUCGCCCUUUCUUUGAACCUUGCCUUCAUGAUGGAGGAAAAAACACAGCACCUCUAGUCAUUUGUUCAGAACUACACAAAUCAGAGGAACGAACUGUCCCCAAGCCAGAAGGGAAAGGCUAUGCUAAUGGAGAUAUGUCCCUGAAGGUGAACUCUUCCUUACUACCUCGUAAGGCUCCAGAGCUGAAGGAUAUUAUCCUGUCCUUGCCCUCUGACCUCGGCCCAGCCCUUCAGGGGCUCAAGGUUCCUUCUUUGUAGGGGUAUGUCAUAUUACCUACUCCCAUCACCAUCCAGCCCAGCACCCUGGACUUCAGGCUCCUGGCCCAACCCCAUGAUUCUGGAAUGUCUCUUCUUCCUAACCAAAUCCAGAUCCUUUUGUGGUUUCUAUUUGUACCACUUUUCUCCCAGGACUCAGUUCUGAAGCUUGCCUUUCUUCUAAGGAACUGAAGUUCCCAGUGACGUGGAGGGAGGAUUCCUGGAAAUGAAACAAUCAGUUUAGGUGUAGGUGGAGAUGCUGAAUAUGUGUUACCAAGAUACAGCACAGGUUCAGGGGAAAGAGUCUUCUACUCCAGGGGUUGUUUAGAAGACAUUUUCUCUGUCUCAUCCUGUCAUCAAGCUUUAGUCAAGAAGUUACGGCUCCCAGUGCCUGACUGCUUCCUUACCCCAUCAAGGACUGCUUUUCUCUCCUUCUCUCUCUCAGUUCUGGCCUCUGGCCCCCAAAGUCAGCUUUCUAUAAGUAAGCAUGUUUUAGUCCACUCACUCUUUCCCUAUUUCUUCAGGAAUGAGUUGGGGGAAGCUGAGGAGUAAAAUAUACCAUCCUUUUCUAUUUUCUUGAUGCUGUUUACAACGUAGUUUGGUGAUACCCAGAGCUAAUGUACAUGCUUUCAAAAACUAAUCUGCCUGUUGAUGAUAACUAGGUACAGGGACUUUAAACACAGUUGCUAUAACCCUGAAGAGCCUCAGGAGCACAUCAGGGAGCUGGGAAGCACAGCUGCAGAGAGCUCAGCCGUGUAUUGCCCUCUGACCUUGGCCCAGCCCUUCAGAGGCUCAGUUUGUUGUGACUGUCUUAUGAGUCAAUCUGUUGUGCCAGCCCUUUCUAAGAUUCAGAGAGGCCCAGCUAGACAAAGUGGCAGUUUUAACCACCAACUUAGAAACUCUUUUUCCCCACAAGACAAUUGUACUGGAAUACUUGACUAUUUGUGUAUCAAAUAGCCUCUUAGGUUGGAGAGUAUUGAUUUCAAAUAAGAAGUUGGUAAACUAGGUGUGAGGAUGAAAUAAUGCCCUUGAUUUUUGGGUGUGUAUUGCGGAAGCCUAGUCACUUUCAAGUUACACCAUAUACGUGAUCUGGCCUAAUCGUGGAGAUAUUGGUUAGCAAUUUGCAGAUGAAUACACAGUUCUGUGCAACAGAAACUGUAUCUUUCUGUUUGUCAGAAGUUAUCUGUUCCUUCUUGUAUUAGUCAAGGUUUUCCAGAUAAACAGAAAGGGUGGGGAGGACAGUGGUUAUUAUAAGAAAUUGACUCAUAUGAUUAUGGAGGCUGUUAAACCCCAAGAUCUGCAGAGUAAGUCAGCAAGCUGGAGUGCCGUGAGAGCUGAUGGCUUAGUUCCAGUCUGUUGGCAGCAGGCUUGACAUCAAGGAAGAGCUCAUGUUUCAAUUCAAGUCUGAAGGCAGGGAAAAAGCUGAUGACCCUGUCCAAAGGCUAUCAGGAGGGAAGAAUUCUCUUAGAGCAGAGUUAGCUCUUUUGUUCUAUUCAGGCCCACAUUUGGGAGGACAGUCUGCGUUACUCAGUCUAAUGAUUUGAAUGUUAAUGUCAUUGAGAAACACCCUCACAGGAACACCCAGAAUAAUGUUUGACCAAAUAGCUGGGCAUCUUGUGUCCCAGUCACAUUGAUACAUAAGAUUAACUGUCACAGUGACUAGUGGAAUUUUUUGUUUGCUUUUGUACAGUUUUAAAAUAAAAGUUUGGUAUUUGUUGUUU